AUGUCUUAUGGAUCCAUUGAUGGAAGUGGAUUUGGGAGCAGGAAUCCAUUUGGAGGCCCUUCAAGACAAGGCUAUCAACCUCUUGCCACCCAGAUUGAUCCCAGUGAACUGCAAGAACUUUUUCAGGAGACUUCAGCCAAUGUCUUCCGAAUUAACUCCAAUGUGACCUCUCUGGAAAGAAGCCUUCGAUCUCUGGGGACCUCAAAUGAUACUCAAGAGCUACAGGAUGGCCUGCAUGCAACCCAGCAGGAGACUAACAAAACCAUCACGACUAGCACCAAAGCCAUCAAGCAGCUGUCUGAGGUUGUCAGAGGCUCAUCCAGGCAAGAAAGACUUCAGCUGGACAGGCUGAAGAACCAGCUAUCAGAUGCCAUCCAGAGAUACGGAGCCGUGCAGAAGAAAAUAGCAGAGAAAUCCAAAGCUUUGCUUCCUACUGGGCAGAGAAGUUCCAAACAGAUCCCAAAGACCCCCUUCUCUGACUUAGCUGAUGAUGAGAAGAUCUUUAAUGGAGGAGAUGGCAUGUGGCAGAACCAGAACCAGGACCAAGCCUUACUCUCAGAAAUCACAGAAGAGGACCUGGAGGCCAUCCGUCAGCGAGAGGAAGCCAUUCAGCAGAUUGAGAGUGACAUGUUGGAUGUGAACCAGAUCAUCAAAGACCUGGCCUCCAUGGUGCAUGAGCAAGGAGACACAAUAGACAGUAUCGAAGCCAACAUUGAGACUGCAUCUUCUAACGUAGAAUCAGCCAAUGAGCAGUUGGCAAAAGCCAGUCAGCACCAACUACGAGCCAGGAAGAAGAAGUGCUGCCUUCUCUCCAUUGCACUGGCUGUUCUGCUGUUCAUCGUCAUCAUCAUCGCGGUCUCUGUCAAGCGCUGA